AUGGCGCGCAAGCAUGCCAUGCCUGUCGCUCUGCGCGGGCAGCUCUGGCUCCGCCUCAGUGGCGGCCAUCGUCUGCUACAAAGCGACAAGCUUCUCUACGUCCGCGCCCACACCGGUUGCUUUGGCGUAGGGCCUCAUGAGGCCAUCCCGGAUAUCGAUGAGAAGCCCGUUCCCCGCUUUGGCUGUCUCUCCAACGUUCAUCGCCUGUGCCUGACCGAUGAAGGAAUCGUCGAGCUGAAGAGGGUCCUCUUCUGCCUGCGAUAUGAGCACUCCGAGGCCUUGUACUGCCCAUUCUUGCCUGUGGUCGUGGCUGCUUGCCUACACUGGAUGAAUGCCGAGUCCGCGUUUGCCACGGCCAUGGCUCUCUUGCGCGAACCCUCCCCCUUUCCCGAGACCCGCCUGGACACUUGGCUCAUGCUCAAUGCCUUUUCUGAGCUGGCUCGCAAAUACGAGGAAGACGCCUACGAUGCGCUCUGCCAGCAACUCGAGUGUCCAUUCCCUCCUCCUUUGGACACCCACCAUCCACUCUCCGGUGCUGCGCUGCUCUGGGUAUCCAACCACCUCCCCUUUUGGAGCCUGAUGCGACUCAUUGACAAUUUCAUCGUCGAGGGCGAAAAGGUCUUUUACCGCUUCAAUCUCGCCAUCCUUCACUGCUGGUACGCUUCUUCACCUUACGUCCGCAAGCAGUUGGAAAUGAACCCACGAACAGGCCGCCGAGGUACCGAACCCGUACCCAUGCGUAGCUUUUCAAAGGCCAUGCUCGCGGCGCAAAACUCGGACACCACGCUCAUGGCGCCAAACAACGGCGAUAAGACUCUGUCUGCAGCCCGCGAGCGAUCCGUCUCCUUUGUCAUGGGCUCGAUUGAAUCCGAUGAUGAGGAAGAGGACGCAGCAGCGGACGCAGGGUACAGCAACAGCGCCAGCGACGACGCCCACGCCCCACCCCGCACUUGCAUCACCCUCGGGGGUGCGGAAGAUGGUGAGGGCGAGUCGGAGAGCGGUGUAGACACGCAGGACGAUGGGCAUCGCUCCGACGAGUCAAGCACGGACAUUGAUGCCGAAGCAGAUGGCAUGCCGGCUGAACUGUGGACGUCGGCUACCACCCGCUCUGAUCAGCUGGCUCUCUUGGCCAUGAGCACCACCUCCCUCGCCAAACUCGAGGCCGAAGCCAAGGCCGCCGAAAUGCGCCAAGCCUCGCAUGGACGCGAGCCCCUCACUCGCAUCAGAUCCUAUUCUGGUAGUGAUCUCAGCCUUGCCCCCUUUCGCGAUUCGACCCACCAAUUUGUGGAGAGCACCGUCUAUCAGGGUCAAGGCGGCCUUUACCUCCCGGCCACUGCCGCCCGCCUUGUGGGUUGUCCUGAUCGCCUCGUCCAGCUGGCCUACUCUUACAAAUUUAGCCGUGAUCACAUUGCGCGCAGUGACCGGAAGGGCUAUCGCCUUGCGCGCGAAGCCAUGAUGGAGCACGGCGUGGCCCUUGGCGUGGAGGAGCCGCGGCCUACGUCGCGCAAGCGCCGCGGAGACACUUAUGGCGCAAUCAAGUUUAGUCCCAUGCCUACUCUGGUUGGCACCUCAGACAUCGCCUCAAAGGAUGACUGGAUGGAACUGUGGCGGGAUAUCCCGAUUCGUUAUCACAUGAAGCGCUUGUAUAAGCUUUUUGACACGAGCACCCAUGGUUAUAGUCUGGCAACGUUCUAUAGCCGCUGUAGCAACGAAGCUCCAACUUUGCUGAUGGUUCGAACAGACCAAGGACAUUCCUUUGGCGCCUUUUUGACGUUUGCCUGGUCCAGUCGCACUCGUACUGAGGGUUACUUUGGCAACGGCGAAACAUUUGUGUUUUCCUUAAAGCCGUGCAAAUGCUAUGUAUGGGCCGGGCUGACCAAGGAUUAUGAGGGAGACGAACCGCCCAGCCAGUUUAUGCACGGCAGCAUGAAUCAACUGAGCAUUGGCGGGGGACCGCGGGGUUCAGCCAUCACUCUGGACGCAGCUUUCUCCAAGGGGUUUUCAUUUCCAUCACCCACCUAUAAUAACCCUUCUCUAGUGCCCAAGGGUGAGCAGUCGUUUAAUAUCUCUCGGCUGGAAGUAUGGGCAUUUCAAGAGAGUCAUUAGAGCCCUUCUUCGGCGCUUUGCCCGGCAGUAGUGUAUAUGCCAUGUUGUUGGUGGUGGGUGGUGUGGUAUGAGGAGGAAUUUACCGACACGAGUG